GUGUGUGUGUGUGUAUGUGUGUGUAUGUGUGUGCGCGCGUACGCUAGUGUGCAUGCAUAGUGACUGCUUAUGGCACAACACUUUCAUGGCGGUCAGAGGAUAGCUUAUAAGAGUUAGUUCUCUUCCUCUGCCAGGUAGGCUCUGGGUACUUUUAUCCAGUGAGAUGGCUCAGCAAUAUUCAUUUUUUGUUUAGUUAUUUUAGUUGCUUUUAAAUAAUUUUUAAAAAUUAAAUUUUUGUAUAUUGAUGUUUUAUGAUGCAGAUGUUAUGCACAGUUGCUGUAGUGAAGCAACUUAAUCAGCCAGUGCUCCAAGUGACUUAAACGACCAGGGCAACUAAAAUUAGUGAGCGCCUAUGUGUUUGUGUACAGUACAGUGAUGUUGACCAUAGCCUUCAUGGGAAGCCCAGAGACCUUGGCUUGGCUUCUGCUGGGCUCAUGCUGAAGAAAACAGCCUCAUGAGAAGGGAACUAACUGCCAGCUGAGCCAGAACACAAAAGGGACACAAGGAGAAGAAUGACAAGCAAAGAGCACUUCGUUCCAUGCAGGAUGAAGCAGAGUUCCGGGAGGCCACAAUGAAAGGAAAGUGACCUGCAAGCAUCCUGUCACAGGACAGCCAUCCCAGGACAACUGUAUCUUUGUUGUUAAUGAUCAGACUGUUGCAACCAUGACCUCUGAAGAAAAGAAGGAACGACCCAUAAGUAUGAUAAAUGAAGCUUCCAGUUACAACAUGGCUUCAGAUUAUACAAUGCAUCCCAUGAGCCCUGUGGGCAGGACAUCACGGGCCUCCAAAAAGGUUCAUAAUUUUGGGAAAAGGUCCAAUUCAAUUAAAAGGAACCCUAAUGCCCCUGUGGUCCGGCGGGGCUGGCUGUAUAAGCAGGACAGCACUGGCAUGAAGCUGUGGAAGAAGCGCUGGUUUGUGCUUUCUGACCUUUGCCUUUUUUAUUACAGAGAUGAGAAGGAGGAGGGUAUUUUGGGAAGCAUCCUGUUGCCCAGUUUUGAGAUAGCCAUGCUUACCGCUGAGGACCACAUCAAUCGCAAAUAUGCUUUUAAGGCAGCCCACCCAAACAUGCGGACCUAUUAUUUCUGCACCGAUACAGGAAAGGAAAUGGAGCUGUGGAUGAAGGCCAUGUUAGAUGCCGCUCUGGUGCAGACAGAGCCUGUGAAAAGAAUUACCUUUAAUUUCCGAGUGGACAAGAUUACAACUGAAAGUGCAUCAACUAAAGAAACCAAUAACAUUCCCAACCACAGAGUCCUCAUUAGACCCGAGGUCCAAAACAAUCAGAAGAAUAAGGAAAUAAGCAAAACUGAAGAAAAAAGGGCCUUAGAAGCUGAAAGAUAUGGAUUUCAGAAGGAUGGACAAGAUAGACCAUUAACAAAAAUUAACAGUGUAAAGUUGAACUCCCUGCCAUCAGAAUAUGAAAGCGGGCCUGACUGCCCACCUCAGAAUGUACACUACAGACCCAUCAAUGUGAACAGUUCUGACGGCAAAGCAGUGAAUGUCAGCUUGGCAGAUGUCCGGGGUGGGACUCACCCAAAUGCAGGGCCCCUAGCUACAGAGACUGAUCGAGUCAUUCAGAGAACGAAUUCAAUGCAGCAGCUGGAGCAGUGGAUUAAAGUCCAGAAGGGGCGGGGUCUUGAAGAAGAGCCCAGAGGAGUAAUUUCUUAUCAAACAUUGCCAAGAAAUAUGCCAAGCCACCGCGCCCAGAUUCCAGCCCGCUACCCUGAAGGUUACCGAACACUCCCGAGGAACAGCAGGACCAGACCUGAGAGUCUCUGCAGUGUAACCCCUCCUGGUCAUGAGAAGACAGGGCCUGGAGCAGAAGAGAAGCGGCGAUCCAUGAGAGAUGACACCAUGUGGCAGCUGUACGAGUGGCAGCAGCGCCAGUUUUACCACAGGCAGAGCACCCUCCCUCGGCACGGCUGCCUGAACAGCCCUAAAGCUGUGGUCAAGGUGUCUGAGCAGACCAUGCACCCCAUUCCCACGUCGCCUUCCCAUGCAUCAGCAGCUGCUUACCAGGGCUUCUCCCCUCCGCGGACAUACAGGUCAGAAGUGACCUCGCCGCUCCACAGAGGGGAUGUGACCAUAGACCGCAGGCACAGGCCUCAUCACCCUAAGCAUGUCUAUGUACCUGACAGAAGGUCAAUGCCAGCAGGCUUAACUUUACAGGCUGUUAGUCCUCAGAGCCUCCAAGGCAGAACGCCAGAGGAGCUCACGCUGCUGCUCAUAAAGCUGAGACGGCAGCAGGCAGAACUGAGUACUAUCCGGGAGCAUACCUUAGCACAGCUCAUGCAGCUGAAACUUGAGGCCCACAGCCCAAAGAAUGAAAUUCUUUCACAUCAUCUCCAAAGGAACACCAUAUAUUUGGAUCAUCAGAUGAAAGAAAAUGAACCUAUUAUCACCAUGGUUCACACAAUGAUUGAGAACUCGGCGCUAAGACCACAACUGUACCAACAAUUCUUAAGACAGAAGAACAAGAUAAGUCUCUAUUGUCUGUCACAAGAUGAAUGUAGAGGCACAUUAUACAAAUACAGACCUGAAGAAGUAGAUAUUGAUGCCAAAUUAAGCAGAUUGUGUGAACAGGAUAAAGCGGUCCGUGCACUGGAGGAGAAGCUGCAGCAGCUGCACAAGGAGAAAUACACGCUUGAGCAAGCCUUGCUGUCAGCCAGCCAAGAGAUAGAGAUGAAUGCAGAUAACCCAGCUGCCAUCCAAACUGUGGUGAUGCAGAGGGACGACCUGCAAAACGGACUGCUGAGCACGUGUCGGGAACUCUCCCGAGCCACUGCGGAGCUGGAACGAGCCUGGAGAGAAUAUGACAAGUUGGAAUAUGAUGUGACUGUUACCAGGAAGCAGAUGCAGGAUCAACUUGAUCGCCUUGGAGAAGUGCAGAGUGAGUCGGCAGGAAUUCAACGGGCACAGAUUCAAAAAGAACUUUGGAGAAUUCAAGAUGUCAUGGAGGGGUUGAGCAAACACAAACAGCAAAGAGGCUCUGCUGAGACAGUAGGUCUGGCAGGAUCAAAGCCUUUCUCAUCAGUUAAGUGCAGAAGCGAGGAAGAGGAAGUAGCCCCACCUCGGCCUCCACUUCCCCGGUCUUAUGACUUUACAGAGCAGCCUCCCAUAGUCCCCCCUCUGCCCAGUGAUAGCAGCUCCUUGCUCUGUUAUAGCAGGGGCCCCGUGCAUCUGCCUGAAGAAAAGAAGAUUCAUCAAGUUCAAGGAUAUCCAAGAAAUGGAUCUCACUGUGGUCCAGAUUAUAGACUCUACAAGAGUGAGCCAGAGCUAACCACAGUGGCAGAAGUUGAUGAAUCUAAUGGAGAAGAAAAAUCAGAGCCAGUUUCUGAGACGGAAGCGCCCGUUGUUAAAGGUUCCCACUUUCCAGUCGGAGUUCCUCUGAGAACGAAGUCACCCACACCCGAGUCUUCGACGAUAGCUUCCUAUGUGACCUUGAGGAAAACUAAGAAGAUGGUGGAGCUAAGAACGGAAAGACCAAGAAGUGCCGUGGAACAGCUGUGUCUGGCUGAGAGUCCUCGGCCUAGGAUGACCGUGGAAGAGCAGCUGGAGAGGAUCAGGAGACACCAGCAGGCCUGCCUGAGGGAGAAGAAGAAAGGCCUGAAUGUCCUCAGUGCUUCUGACCCAUCUCCCUCACAGAGCCCUUCAGAUGUGAGGGACAGUCCUUUCAGGGUGGCUCAGACGCUAAGGAGGGAUGAUAACGUUAAGGAGCUAGACACCGUCCACAGAGAAAAUGAUGCCAAGUCAGACUGUGAAACUCCAGCAGCAGAGGCUGCUCACCUAGAAGAAGUUGAACCCCAAAGUACAGGCGUCAGCAGAAAGCUAAAAAGAUCUGAAAGUAUUUUUUAUGAAAUGCUUUACACACCUGAGCCAAACGGAAUGCCUUCUGAGGAAGUGAUGGAUAAAGAGCAGGGGCAUGCAGAUGGGUCAUGCAGCCCUCAGGAGGAGGCGGCCAUGACAAACCAUCAGGUGGAGGACCCCCCUGAAGAAGCAGAGAGUCUUCAUGAAGAGGAGGAAACUCUUGCUUCCUAUGACCCAGCUCCUGAGAUUCCUAGGGAGAGUCAAACCACAGUGAAAAGUCUGUCCCCGUCUCCUGAGUGCUCCAUGGCAGCAGACCCGCCCACUGCACCACAGCUCACAGAAGGAUCGCAUUUCAUGUCCGCACUGACGUCUGUUGAGAGCACACAGAGCUGAAGCUGUGGACCUCAGUGGUGUAAGAAGAUGUACAAUAUACCUUAAAUCUAUGAAAUUCAUAGUUCGGAUGCCUCUGACCACAGAGCAUCGUCUUAUCACCUUUGGAAAAUGUUUAUUCCAAAAUAGCUUUAAUGGCCCGUAUGUGCACUCCAUAGUGUCAAGAUCACCGUCCUCCGCCAGCUUGCUGCUAUUUAAGUUGAGAGCGUAUCAGUCAGGUGCUUUCUCCCCUGCGCUCGCUCCAUCAGAGCUUGCUUGGUUGCAGUUCCCAGAGUUGGAUGCUGAAGUCUCUGACCUGGGGUUCCUUUGCUCGACAGUGAGGCUACGCUUUCCUGCAAGCUUGUCCGCUUCCCAGCCCUUUCCUUCCCAUUUUGGCUUCUGCAGUACUUCGUUUGACACUUGAUUUGUAAAAAUUUUAUAUAAAUAUAUUUAAAAUGUGCCGUUUUAUCACUGCUAAGUGAAAUCUGUCCUGUUUUCGGCUCUAACCCCUCCUCAGUCAGACUGCAUCAUCAGCAGUCCCUGCCACGCUCCAUCUGCUUCCACGCAAAUACUGUUGCUUAGCUUUUCUUUAAAAAGCCAAACGAUUACAAGUGUAGGUAUUUUGAAGUACUGGACAUUUACAUCAUUGGGAUAGAUGUGUACAGCAAUAAGCAGGCUUUUAGACCCAGUACUUGGUUUGUGUACAGAUGUAAUUAUCUUCAUUGUGUAGAAGUUACACAGUGAACACAUGUAAUAAGGCUGCUUACUAUAGUUUAAUGCAAAUGUUCAUAGCUCAUUUCUUUUUUAUCAUGUUAAAUAAAUGUUGAUGUUCUUAAAUCA